AUGCCAAAAACUAGACGUCAAGAAGCUGAGGCGAAGAGUGGUGUUUCAAAGUCGACGCGAUCAGGAGCUGGGCUAGCAGAUGAUGCCUCAUCGGCGGACUUUCUUAACAAAAUACAUCGACCACCGCCAAAAGUAGACAUGAAAGUCGCAAGAAAAUAUGCUCCAUCCACUAGGCAGGCGCGACAGUCUGUACAGGUAGCACCGGAAUCAGACGAGGAUGUCGAAGAUGCACUGAACAAGCAAUUAAAUGAGAAUAAUGAGGACCCGUCCGGCUUGGAGCCGGAAGAUAUGACGAAAGAACUCGAAAAUGCUCAGCCAGCAUCACCAGCUGAGAAGAAAAAGAGGGGCCGUCCCAGGAAAGAACAAAUAACAAAGGAAAAAGAAAAGGGAGGCGCGCAAGACGUAUCACAACUUCAAAAUGCUUCUCCGCAAAAGCGCAAACGAGAUGAUGCAAGGAUCUAUGACUUCGCUUUCGGGGAAGAUGAACAAGAUAUUCGACCCGCGCGUUCCAGGCGAGCAAGUAAAAGUUUAUCGGUGAAGGGUGCCCCGAAACCCAGACAGUAUAGUGUGAAGCCAAAAAAAGGUCGGGGUCAGCCUGACAAGAGCCUUGUUGAUGAGUCUGGAGAUUUUGAUGAAGAUUUUCUUGUCGUAGCAGAUAUUGAGAAUGGUAACUCCACAGUUGACCAAGGACCUGGACAACCUGACGUAGGUGCCCCCUUCAACGACAGACGUGCAAGUGUUCGGAGAACGAGGGACGAUGACGGAGAGCAUGUAGACGACGGAGAAAAUCAAGGCGACGAAGACGACGGAGGCGAUGGAAUUACAGAAAUAGCUAUGCCUCUAACCCCGGCAGAACCACAAGGUCAAAUUUCGCGGGAACAGCAUAAACAAAGCGCGAAUAUUGCCAGGACAAUCAGUAGCAACCAUGCAAAUGGUUUCCAUAGCAAGAAAAUUCAGUCUUCGCGCUAUGUGAGAGGCAGAGAAGAGCAAGUCGGAGAAGAUGAGGAAGGUGACGGGGAACCGGGAGCAGUGGCCAAUGAUGUUGGAGAAAAACCUAAUGUAGCAACCGCCGCCAAUGUUCCAGAACAACGUGAAGCGGCUGGAGAAGAAGUUGAUGACGAAUCGGAUGAUGAGGAAGAAAGUUAUCAAAAAAUUUCUGAGCAACUUGUUGCCUGGACUGGAAUCAUCACCCGUACUUUUUUUCCAGAUAUUGAAAAAAUUUCAAAACGGUUCGGUUGUAGAGAAACCAGAGGUACGUGGAUACCAGUAGUUCUGGAGAAGCAUGGCCUUGCAACAAUAUCUGGAAAGAACAUGGAACGGUAUUUAAAAAUGCUCCAACAACUUUAUCAAGCCCUUAAACUAGCAAUAAAUGAGGAGAACAAUGCCAAGCAGAUCGAAGCCAAUUCGCAUAUCGACCAAAUCAUGGAUCUUUUGGAUAAAAGGAUAGACAAUAAGUUAAAGCCCUUGGAGAAAGAUGCCCCCAAACCUGAUGUAAGAAAGAGACGUAGAUAUUUGGAGGACAUAUACAUUGUUCUUAUUCGAGAAUUCUUAAGACUCUUGAGAACCGCAAUUCUUACAUAUGGAAACCUUCACGUGUUGUCAAUCGAGGCUUUAUCAACUGUGAUUCGGAUCACUAGUGUAAUCCUCAAACUCUUCGAUAUUCUCGACAAACAGACGAAGGAUUCGCAGCCUGAGGACUGCGGCCAGACGAAGCAACCAAUGAAGGAACUUCGCAUUCCUUUGCGAAAUGUAUUAUUGCAAGGAUGUCAAAUGAAGCUUGCUGAGCUCCAUAGAGAGGAGGCAAUUAAGAAACAUUUUGCAUUGACGCAAGAAAGUAGACGUGUGCGGGAAGAAGAAGACGCCAGGUUGGAAACUGAGAGAAUGGAGCAAGAGCGAAAAAUAAGAGAAUUCAACUCAUCCCAGCAGAAAACCAUAAUGGCCAGCCCAAAGAAAGCUAGUCUGAUCGAACUUGAGAUGGAGAGAAUUGCAUACCGAAAACUCCCACAAGCUGAAAGAAUCAGACUAGAGCUGGAAGCGGAAAAUAAGAAGAGAUCGAGAAGGCCGGUGCAACAAAUUCCACAAGUAGAACGAGAACGUUCCGCUGCCUCGUCACAAAGAAGUCAAAGCAGUAGCGAUGACCGGAAUGACCCAUUCUCGGACAAUUACGAUCCUCCCCGAGGUGCUAACAGGAAACCCGUCUCUGCUCAAUCUCGAAGGGAAGCCAAAUUUAGCGAUAUUCCUGAUGAUGAAAAACAGAGAUUCUAUGACCAUUUUAAAGAAAAGUACAGAUACGAGGAAGAGCGAGGCUUAAAGGAUGAAGAAUUUUGGGGUCGUCUACAGAAAGAUUUACAUGGUGGUAGGUAUACCCUAGAUGAGAUCUGGGGUUUUGCAAAGGAAUUGCAGGCAAGUCUAGAUUUUGCACAUGAUGAAGGGGAGUUUCAUGGGGAAGAACAUUUCUGGACAUUUUAUGUUUGGGAUUGGGACAUGGAAUCGUAG